GGGGCCGGGCGGGGGCGGGAGGUAAACAAGAUGGCGGCGGCGGCGGCGGCGGCGGCGCGCGCGCGGCGGCGGGGGUAGGGCCGGUGCGAGCGGGGCCGGGCCGCGGGGCACGGCGCGGGCACAGCGCGGGCAGCGGCCGCCGGGGCUCCCCCUGAGGCGAGCGCGGCGCGGGGCAGCGGGGGGCGCGGCGGGGGGGGAGCGCGGCGCCGGGCCCCGGCCUCCUGCUUCCCAUAGCCGGCGGCUGUGGGGAGCGGGGACGCGGCUGCCAGACCCCUUCCCCUGAGUUGACAGCGGGGCGCGGAGUCCGGUGCGGAGCGAGCAGCCGGCGGGGCCCGGCCGAGGCCCGCACGGAAAGAAGGGCCCGGCCCGGGCGGGCUCCCCCGGCCCCGCGGUAGGAGCGGGGGGGCUCGGCCGCGGCUCGGGGGGAAGCGGCGGUCACCUCGCCCGCGGGGGUCCGGUCCCUCCAGGCUCCGUCGUUAAAGUGUUGUGUGUCCUCGUCGCUCCUGCCCCGGGGGUGGCGGCGGUGCCGCUGCUUCCUCCCCAGCCCCAGUGCCCCGGGGGGGGGGGGGGGGACACGGACACGGGCAUCCCUUCCCCGACCUUCCCCCUUGGCACCGGGAAUGGGGUGCCCGGGGCGCGGGGCAGAGUCAGUCACCUCCUGACUGCUCUCAUCCAGGGCGGGUGCGUGAAGCCGUGGUGGGGUUUGUGUUGUGUGACACCGGCCGCCCCCUGGACCCGUGGUGGUGCCGCAUCAUGUGCGAGGUGGAACCCGCGCGGUUGAAGGAUGCCCCUGGGAGAUCUUGACAGGCACCGAAGGCCUCAAACUUUUGUAGGCGUGAAAAGCGAGGACGUUAGAAUUCCCGUUUCUGAAAACUCCUUCAAAGAAACUUGGUUCCAGCUUCCCAACGGCUGAACCCCCCCUGCCCAGCGCCCCGUCUGCGCCCAGGGGCACAACCGCUUCCCACCCCCUGCUUGGAGCCGGUCACUAUGAGCUUCUAGGGAUGGAAAGUCACGAAAGGGACUCGCUUGUUGCCUGGUUUUACGUGGUGGCCUAAAGUCCCGGAGGAUGACCUAGCACUUAAGAAUCAAACUGGGCCACGGGAAAGGCCAAGUUGACUUGAAAGCACCGUAGCAGCGGGACCAGGUCGGAAGCAAAGCAAGUCCCAAACUGAGCGGCUCUGGGCAGAGAUAUAUGUUCUUUUUCAAAGACGUUGUGUUGCUGGAGCCAGGCCUGGAUCUUUUCGCAUCCAGUUGAGCUGGAAGCAGCUCGUAGCUUUGUUUUGGGUUUGUUUUAUUUUUUUUUUUUUUAUUCAUGUUUGUACAAUCUUCUGGAGAUUUUUUUUCGAGAAGGAGUAAAAGGGAGUGUUGGAAACUCACAAACAGGAUUAAACCCCUGAGAGCGUAAGGAAAACAGGUUACGGAACUUAAUCCAGGAUGGAUAUGCAGGAGCCACAGCAGCUGGGCAUGUUUGCAGAGGGCGAGCUGAUGUCUGUGGGGAUGGACACUUUCAUCCAUCGCAUCGACUCGACAGAGGUCAUCUACCAGCCCCGGCGGAAGAGAGCCAAGCUCAUCGGCAAGUACCUCAUGGGAGACUUGCUCGGAGAAGGGUCUUACGGCAAAGUCAAGGAGAUGUUGGACUCUGAAACCCUCUGUAGGAGAGCUGUGAAGAUACUGAAGAAGAAGAAGCUACGCAGAAUUCCCAACGGGGAGGCAAAUGUGAAAAAGGAAAUUCAGCUCCUGCGACGAUUGCGGCACAAAAAUGUGAUCCAGUUGGUAGAUGUACUGUACAAUGAAGAGAAGCAGAAAAUGUAUAUGGUGAUGGAGUACUGUGUGUGUGGGAUGCAGGAAAUGCUGGACAGUGUCCCGGAAAAGAGGUUUCCAGUUUUUCAGGCUCACGGGUACUUUUGUCAGCUUAUAGACGGCUUAGAAUACUUGCACAGCCAAGGGAUUGUCCACAAGGAUAUCAAACCGGGGAACCUCCUGCUAACAACCAAUGGGACACUAAAAAUAUCCGAUUUAGGCGUAGCAGAGGCAUUGCAUCCGUUUGCAGAGGACGACACGUGCAGAACGAGCCAAGGGUCGCCAGCAUUCCAGCCACCAGAAAUUGCCAAUGGCCUUGACACCUUUUCAGGCUUUAAAGUAGACAUCUGGUCCGCAGGGGUCACACUAUACAACAUCACAACGGGUCUUUACCCCUUUGAAGGGGAUAAUAUCUAUAAGUUAUUUGAAAACAUCGGGAAAGGUGACUACACAAUUCCAGAGGAUUGUGGUCCUCCACUCUCAGACUUAUUGAGAGGGAUGCUUGAAUACGACCCAGCCAAGAGAUUUUCAAUACAGCAGAUAAGGCAGCACAAUUGGUUUCGUAAGAAACACGCUCAGGCAGAGGCUCUGGUGCCCAUUCCUCCCAGCCCAGAAACAAAGGACCGGUGGAGAAGUAUGACGGCGGUGCCUUAUCUGGAAGAUCUGCAUGGCUACAAUGAGGAAGAAGAUGAUGACUUGUAUGACAUUGAAGAUGAUAUCAUCUACACUCAGGACUUCACAGUACCAGGGCAGGUGCCUGAGGAGGAGGCGGCGGCACAGAACGGGCAGAGCCGCGGCCGGGGGCUGCCCAAGCCCGUGUGCAUGAACGGGACGGAGCCAGGGCAGCUCAGCACCAAAGCCAAGAGCGAGCGCCGGGCCAGCGCCUCCUCCAACCCCUCGCGCAAGGCCUGCUCCGCCAGCAGCAAGAUCCGCAAGCUCUCCACGUGCAAGCAGCAGUGAGGCCGGGGCCCCUCGCUCCGCACAGCAGCGUCCUGGGGCCAGCCCGUGCCCCCCCUCGCCCCGUCUCUGCCUCUCUCCUGGAGUGGACUGUGCUUGUGAUCCAAAAAGAACCCAGAGGAACCCAACCACGUCCCUGCGGCCCCGCUCCCGCCUGGACCCAGGACCCGAUGGUGUCCAGAGCCCGCUCGCCGCGGGAGGACGGAUCCCGGCUGCUCUCCCAUCACUUUGCCAAUCGAGACACUGCUCCUGGUUUGAAUUUUGGGGUGGGAGGAGCGGGGCCAGGGCGCCCCUGGCUGUGUAGAAGUCGUGCAAAGCCAUUGCCGUGCACUUUAUGUUUUAGACUACUGUUAUAUAUUAUAUAUUUUCCUCCUUUUUUUUUCUUUUUUUUUUUUUUGGUUUUGUUUAUAUUUGCGGUAUAUUUAGAGAUUCCUACACAUCGUGAUGUGUGAAAAUAAAUCAGAUGAGGAAAAAAACCCGGGUAUUAAGACAAAGCAAAGCUCUAUGAAACCUGCAUGCUGUAAAGGGCUCGGGAAGGGGUCGGGAGCGGUCGUCGACUCUCUUUUCUUUUCCUUUUUUUUUUUUUUUUUCCUUUUUUUUUUGCCUUUUUUUUCUCCUUUUUUUAAGAAAACCACAAUAAAGUGCAAGCAGCGAGGUGGGGUUUGGUCCUCUCCUUCCUCCUCGGCCUUUGGGGUGCUGUGGGGCCGGAGGCUCCCUGCCCUCCCCAGCCAGCCCCUGCCCCGCACAGAAACAAGCUCAGAGGAGGCACACUUUGGGGUGUUUUUUUGUCUUUUUUUUUUUUAACUUCUUUGUUUAUAGACUUAAAACCACCGAGUUGUAGCUCGAGUUGGUGCUUUGGACAGAGACUUGGCGGAGGGAAGGAGCAACCCGGCCUCUUGACUCGCAUGCAGUUGGGGGGCCGAGGGGCGCUCCUCGUCGUCCCCCCCCAGCCGAGCCCCCCCCAGGUAACAGGUAACACAGUUUGGGAGUUACUGUUGGGUUUUCCCCCUUUUUUGUACCCAUCCUUUGAAACACAAAUAAAACCCCACUGAAAAGCAAAGCCCCCCCCCAGGAGCAGCCGCCGCCUCUGUACACAUCAAUACAUAUCCUCUGAGGGCCUCGAGCUCUCGGGGAGGGCAGGGGGGUGCGGAGCACUCGGGGGUCACCCACACUUGGCUCUUGCCCUUUACGCCCAGGCACCCCCCACCCCUGUUGGGGCUGCUUUGGGGGGAAGCCCAGGGCUCGUUCUGCCCUUCCAGCCCUUGGGAUGCUGCCACAGGAACCCCUUGAGCAUCCUCCAGCCCCAGCACGGCCGUCCCAGUGGCUUCCAGUUUAGAUCCCAGGCUCCCUGCGGAACUGGGGGGGGUGUGGGCUUGAGGAGGCGACUCCCCCCUCUCCAAAUAACUGCCCCCCCCCACUCCCCACCAGGGUGGCACCAUGGAGCAGGGGGGGGCACCCAGCUCUGGCCCUGUCCUCACCAGGACAUCCCGGCUGCACUGGGGG